AUGCUCCUGGGAUGACGUCUUGGGUGGGAGAGCACUCCUCGGAUCGGAGGCAACAUAUUUGUUGCCAUCUAGUGGCGGCGGAAAGACCGAUUUCUUGAUUUGAACCUAGCGAUCGGUCCAGCAAGUUACAAAGGAUGUGUGACCGUUAGACGUUGGUUAAAAUGCGACCGGGCAUUUUUACAAGUCGUUUUCAUGUGACACAUGACUUCAUGGAAUCAUUCAUUACAUCGUUUACAAACCAAAGGCACAAACAUUUGAAUAAAUGUGACGUCACACUGCCAAACCAAAAAGACAUACAGCGUACAGAAAUCGUGAGCUCUUAUUUUAUUCACUCCUGAUUACAUUACUCUUUAUUUCAUAAUUGAAUACCCUAUCAUUAUAUUCGGUCGUAGCUCUAUGUGUUAGGCUUGCAUACGAACGACAUUGUCGGCUAGCACCUAGCAUGUGUUAGCUUCCCGGUCUCUAUGACAACGCUCACGCGCAGCCUCUCUCUCUCUCUCUCGCUCGCGUGCGCGCGCGCAAACAUGGCUGCCUCCGUAUCCCCGCUCCGCUCCUACUGGGCACUUUAUAGCAGGUUGGCAGACCCCCACCGCUCCUGUCGGGCCAAGCUGCGGAUCCACAGAAAAUGGGAGAGUCAACGGAGGCACCUGCAUCAAUCGACCACGAGGCACGCCGCUGUGGUGAUUUCGGGGACGGCGUUGGCUCGUCAGCUCCACAGAGAGAUCCAACGUGACGUGGAAGAGCUCGUUGCUGAGGGUAACAUGAGACCUCAUCUAGGAGUGGUCUUCGUGGGGGAUGACCCGGCCAGCAGGACUUACGUUCGGAACAAAACGCGCGCUGCCAGCACUUUGGGUAUUUCCAGCGACACCGUGUUGCGACCGAGCUCCGUCUCUCAGGAGGAGCUGCUGGAUCUAAUAGACAAGAUGAACCGAGACUGGCGGGUCAGCGGCGUGUUGGUGCAGCUGCCGCUUCCCGAGCACAUCAAUGAAAGAGCAGUGUGUAAUGCCAUUGCUCCAGAGAAAGACGUGGACGGCUUCCACAUUGUGAAUAUCGGCAAGCUGUGUCUUGACCAGAGAUCCAUGGUGCCUGCCACGCCUGCAGCUGUCUGGGAGAUCAUCAAAAGAGCAGGUAUUGAGACGGUGGGGAAGAAUGUGCUGGUUGCCGGACGCUCCAAAAAUGUGGGGAUGCCCAUCGCCAUGUUGCUGCAUACCGAUCGGAACCAUGAGCGCCCUGGCGGGGACGCCACAGUGACCAUCGCUCACAGAUGUACGCCCAAAGAGCGGCUCAAGGAGCUGAGCAGCCUGGCAGACAUCAUUGUCACUGCUGCAGGUGUUCCCGGUCUGAUCACGGCAGACAUGGUGAAAGAAAGUGCGGCGGUCAUUGACGUGGGCAUCAACCGCAGUGUGGACCCCCAAACGGGGAAGCUGAGGCUCAUCGGUGAUGUGGACUUUGAGGGCGUAAAAGAGAAGGCCAGCUAUAUCACUCCUGUUCCUGGAGGCGUGGGUCCUAUGACGGUGGCCAUGUUGAUGAAGAACACUGUGACCGCCGCCAGAAACGCCCUGAUGCAUUAGCACCGCACAUGACGCGACGCGCACACUUUUCACCGUGACGUCGCACCUACUUCCGGGUGGCAAAAGCUCAAGCCAUCUUUAAUCUCACUAAUGAACAAAGCUCGAAAAGUCAUUUGGAAAUGUCUGCCAUGGUGAUUUGAGGAGGCCAUUUUUGCCACUCACAUUGCAGUCGCUCAGCUCAAUGGUGGCUCAUCUUGUGAAUGUCACAUGACCAAACUCAGAAAGCAGGUGAGCCGCCAUACCUGUAAAACCAUCGUCAUUUUGUCUCAACCGAAAGUGGCCAAAUCCCAUCGAUGGAUCAAAACAAGGGGUGAAGCACAAUACCGUAUUUAGACUAGUGGGCCCACUUGGAAUUGUUUUCAAACUGUUUGAGCUGACUUCCCCUUUAGCAGCAUAGCCAUAGGCUCUGGCUAGCAUGAUGUUGCUAGCUAGCCAGCUAGCUAUCAGGCUAGCCAUUAUGUUUUGCAACCAAACAUUGGAUACAUAGCCACCCACCUAACCUACCUCUUGGCAUUCUCACUGCACAAGCGUUGACAACAUCCGCUCCCAGCUUGAGCUUAUCCAACGCAUCGAUGGAUGGAUUCCACUGGAUCCAUCCGUUCAUUUGCUUCUCCGGACACAUUUUUCCCUCAAUCCCGUUGUGCCACCCGGAAGUGGCCUGGUGCCUAUACAAGCGCAUCGAGACUCCAUACCUGCUUACUUGAGACAUUUCUACCAUGUUCCUUUUCAUCUCGGAUUUAUUUCUUAUGAUAAGAUUUCAUAUUUUUUAUAUUCUACCGAGGACAUUUGCAUUCUUUGUGGAACACAGCAGGUUUCACGGGAAAGUGAAAAUGAAAUCAACCGUGCUUCAUUUGUAAUGAUCUCAAGUGCCAAGGAAGAG